CAAAACGCCUCUUGCAGACCAACCCACGUCCCCAAGUCUCUCUCUCUCUCUCUAUCUAUCUAUCUCUCCGUCUCUCUGUUAAGCUUCUGUUCCUUCAUUUCCUCUUUGGAUUUGGAUGACAAACCAAACCGGUGGUGCUACCACCAUGACAGUGGAGAAAACCACCUUGCACCGUCCUAAAUUCGGAUCCUUCCUGCACUCCGAACCCACCUCGCUUUACAUCGUCGGCGCCCAGGACUUCUCCGUUGACAAUGGCUUUUCCCACCACCACCAGCGCCACAGCAACGUCGAUGCAACCGCGGGGGGCCUCGAAAGCGCCCUCUCCAGCAACAAUAGCUCGCCUUACUUGAUGUCUCCCUGGAGCCAGCAAGCCCCCGACACCUCCCCGUACUCCAAAUCUCCCUGGUUCCUCUCGUCGUCCAUCGCUCCUCCUGGUUUCCACGAAUACGAUGACCAUGGCUUUCCGCCGCACGGCCUCAUUGGCUCGCUCGUACGUGAAGAAGGGCAUAUAUAUUCGCUCGCCGUGUCUGAAGAUUUGUUGUACACGGGUUCCGAUAGCAAGAACAUAAGGGUGUGGAAAAAUUUAAAGGAUUUCGCUGGGUUCAAAUCGAGCAGUGGACUGGUGAAGGCCAUCGUGAUUUCUGGGGACAAGAUUUUUACGGGACACCAGGAUGGGAAAAUCAGGGUGUGGAAGUUUACGCAGAAGAAUCCAACCUCUUACAAACGCAUCGGGAGUUUGCCGACCCUAAAGGAUUACGUGAAAAGCUCCAUGAAUCCGAAGAAUUAUGUCGAAGUCCGGCGGCGCAAGAACAAGGUGAAAAUCAAGCAUUUUGAUGCCGUUUCGAGUUUAAGCCUGGUGGAAGAUCAAGGAUUGUUAUACUCCGGCUCGUGGGACAAGACGCUUAAGGUUUGGAGGUUAUCGGAUUCAAAAUGCUUGGAAUCGAUCCACGCCCACGAGGACGCCGUCAACUCGGUGGUCGCCGGGUUAUACUGCUUCGUUUUCACGGGAUCCGCCGAUGGCACGGUGAAGAUGUGGAGGAGAGAAAUGGUGGGAAAAGGGAAAACAAACCACCUUCUGGAUCGCAUUCUUCUGAGGCAGGAAAACGCCGUAACGGCCUUGGCAGUGAACCGCGAGUCCAGUGUGGUGUACUGUGGGUCGUCCGAUGGGUUGUUGAACUUCUGGGAAGCAGACGGAAAGGGAAACCUCUUUCACGGUGGUGUUCUUAAAGGUCACAAGCUAGCCGUUCUUUGCGUUGCCGCCGGCGGUAACCUCGUGUUCAGCGGCUCAGCGGAUAAGAACAUAUGCGUGUGGAAGCGAGAGGACAGCGGAACCCACUCGUGCCUCUCGGUUCUUACGGGUCACACCGGACCCGUCAAAUGCAUCGCCGUGGAAGAAGAAAGAGCUGAAGUAUCGGAAGAAGAUGAAUGCAAACAGGAUUAUCAUCAUCGGUGUCCUACGACGGAGGGAGGAAGACGAUGGAUAGUGUACACGGGGAGCUUAGACAAUUCAGUGAAGGUGUGGCGCGUACCGGAGCACGCGCCGGAGUUGAGGAUGUUCCAAGGGUUAGUGAGUAAAGCCAGUGGUUCAUCUUUACCUGGAGGGAUUGAUAACAGGUGGCACUUUCAAAGUGAAAGUUAGUGAGGAUAAAAGUGUUGACAAUGCUCUCCACAUGGACGAGGAGAUCACGCUCAGCCAGAGUAAAAGUGGUAGGACUGAAGUAGGAUGUGUAUGUUAAUUACGCUGGAGUCCCCCACCAAUGCAUCUCAAAACUUGCCUCGAUGAUAUAUAUGUUGUUUUUGUAUGAUUUUUUUUUUAGUUUUUUAAUUAACCUAUCACUGGUCUUUAAACAUAUAUGAUCUUAUUUUCAUUAAUAUGAGAGGAGAGAGGAUCACGUAUAAAAAGCUUAGAAACUAGCGGUGAAGGUGUUAAAACAAGCGUAGAGCUAGAGGUUCGGGGCAAAAGGGUAAACAAGGAAGAGGUUAUUGUGAAAGUGAGUGAUUGGAGUUCUAGCUCGAAGCUAAACAAGUACUCUCUUUGUUUUUUA